ACACAAGAGAAACAGGAGCACCUGCCACCAGCAGCAGCAGCAACAGCAGUAGCACCAAGAACAACAGCAGUGUCAACAGUCAAACGUCUCCCUCGCCGCCAGCCUCCUCCGCUGCUUCUCCUGCGGACGAAGCGGAGGAAGUUACCCGGAAAUGGGGUCUCGAAGCCGGGCUAUGGAAGGCUGGAAGCAACGCGGAAGUUGCAAAGGACCUGCUGACCCGCUAUGGAGGGGCGUACCUCGGUACCUCCAUCGCCCUCUCCCUCGUCUCCUUCUCUCUCUGCUACCUGCUUGUGGAUCACGGCGUCGACGUGGCUGGGCUCCUUGACUCGUUCGGUCUGCAUGUGGACAGCACAAGGGAGGCAGUGGGCACUUUCGCCAUUGCCUGUGCGGCCUACAAUGCCCUCUUAACCCCUUUCUCUCUCCCCCCAUCCCCCCUGUUCUCUCCCCAUCAGUUCGGUCUGCAUGUGGACAGCACAGGGGAGGCAGUGGGCACCUUCGCCAUUGCAUAUGCGGCUCACAAGGCCCUCUCUCCCGUGCGCUUCCCUCCCACCGUCGCCCUCACUCCUGUGGUGGCCGGCUGGUUGGGGAAGAACAAAGAGAGGGAGGGGGAGAGCAAGGGGGAGUAA